CAGUGGGAGGUGAGUGAACAGCGUGCGGUGGCAGUGAUGUCAACAACGUCGAGAACACAAUAAACCAUGAUCACCACUGAGGCUGCCAGAGAGUUCCAGGCCAAAGAGCGCAAAUACAAAGAGCAGCUGAAGAGAUGUUUAUCAUCUGCUUUGUCUGCAGACCUGAACAGGUUGCUGCAGGAGGAGCUGGAAGCGGAUGUUUCUCUGUAUGCUGGCUCAGGCUCACUCCGAGCUCACAGAGCCAUACUGUUAGCUCGAGCUCCUCAUUUCCUACAGGGACAGAUGCACAAAGAUCCAGCCAUCAUUCACCUGCCUGGCUAUGAGCUAUCCAUGCUGAAAGAUUUUCUCAGGCGAGUGUACACAGCAGAGGACAGCAUGCGCUCGCCUCUAAUAACUCCAGACGAGGAGGGCUUCAUGCCAGACGGAAGUCUGUGCUAUCCCGACCCCGCGGAUCUUCAUUGUUCCACAGACUCAGAUGCUGAUGUUCCUGAGCCGGCCUCUGGCCUCGGAGCUGACUUGCUGGAUCUGUACCAGAGGAGAGAGCAGUGUGAUAUCACCAUCCAAGUAGCAGAUCAGGUUUUCUCCUGCCACAGGGCAGUGCUGUGUGCACGGUCUCAGUACUUCCGAGCCAUGCUGAGCGGGAGCUGGAUGGAGAGCUCCAGACAGUGCAUCACCCUGCAAGGCUUAGGGCCCGAUGAGAUGGAGAUUUUGCUCCAGUACAUGUAUGGUGCCAUUGUGGAUCUGCCGUCUGGAGCCAGUGCCAGUCAGGUGGUGCUGGCAGCAGACAUGUUGGGUUUGGAGGGGCUGAAAGAUGUAGUGGAGAUGGUUCUGAUCCGGGACUACUGCCGCUUCUUUCCUAAGCCGAUUGACGGAGUUCAGAGAACAGUUCUUGAGUGCCUGUCCCUCACACACGCCUUAGGCCUUCAAAGUCUCCACCUGCUGUGUAAGAGUUGGGUUGCUGAACAUUUUGUGAAGACCUGGUGUGAGAGGAAUUUUUCCCUCUUGUCCCCCGAGCUCCAAAAAGUCUGUCUAUCUGCUGUAGCUGAAACCAUGACUGUGCAGAAUGCAGUUACCAUGCUUGGUGGCACUGAGCAGUUGAUUGGCAGUCUACCAGAAGUCAAGUGGGCUCAACAGGUGAGGACUCUCGCAACAGAGUUACAGGAGGAGAGCCUGCGAGUCAUUGUCCAGCACCUUCCCACCGUCACAAGAACUCAGGCCUUCCAGGACCUCCGCAGGAGGGAAGAGUUCACCCGAGACCCCGCGUUGCUGAAGAAGCUGUGUUCAGCCAUCAGGGAAGGUGUGACUGUGGAUAACUGCUGUGAACUUUUCACUGCUGUCAACUGUCUGUGUGGAGAUGACAUGGAGGAGGACUCUCUCCUCAAGCAGAGAGAGCAAAAACUAGAGGAGUCGCUAAGGCAAGAGAUUUGCACGCUCCGAGGUCGCCUCUGGACCUUCCUGCUUCAGACCUUUUACGCAGUCCGCCACACGCAGGGAUGGGAGGCUCUGUCGUCCAAACACAGAGAAAGGAUACUAGCAGAGGCUAUUGAUAAGGGGGACAAUAGAAGACUUGGGAAAAAGCCAGUACUCUCUAGCUCACAGCAAAGGGCUGUAAAAUGUUCUUCACCUGCACCUGAGAGUCCUCCUCUGCAAAGGACCCAAAGAGUGUCUGCAUAUAAAACAUCUGCCUCCCGUGGUGCUACAUCAACCAUGAAGUCUGAUGGACUGGGGACAGCUAACAAACCAGGCGAUGGGCUCACACCCAAGGCAAAGAAUGUAAAGAAGCCAGCAGACCGGAGUGUAGCAGCAAAAGGGAAGACGGCAUCAGCUGGUACACCGAUUGUCAAUGGCACAGGAAGUGCAGGGGCCAAGCGUGAUGUAGCCGCUGCCAAUGGCCCCAGAAGCUCUCACGGGGCUAAGGAGCAGGACAAGAAGCCAAAUCCCGGUGCAAGGCCUAAAACCUCUCCCCCGAGCUGCACGUCUACAAGCCAAACGGCUGCAGUGAAGUCUCAGAGGAGCUCAGCAGGAAAGGCUGACGGCACUGCUGGCACCACCCAAGCUCAGCCCCUCGCUUCGUCCACAUCAGGCAGCACCUCGCCAGAGAACAGUGCCAGUAGCCCUCGCAACGACACCCAAUCUGCUCCAGGUGCAAAGCCCAAACACCAGGCCAGGGCAGUGAACAAAUCCCCUCUGGCAAAACCUCCUCAGAAAUUGGACACAACAAAGACCAACAGUCCAACUAAUAAGGCAAGUUCGAGAGAAAGUGGCAAAGUCAAGACUGGUGCAGCAGAGAAAGCGUCUACUGCAGCAGCAAAACCAGACAACAAGGGAAGAGGCACACCAGACCAUCAUGUCUCUAAGUAUGCAUCCUCCACUAAGAAGCCUGCCUCUCCCAGGAAAGAAGACAGUAAGGAUGGGUCCAAAUCCUCAACUGCACACAAAGCGGCCUGUGAAACUCCGAAAAAGAAGAUCUCAAAACCAGUUUCAGAUACUAGAGCCGCGGCUAAAUCCAUUGCCAAACCAUCGAAAGCCUGUCCGACCCCGUCCAGACAAUCUUCGGUUGUCGCUGCCAAGACUGGACCGAAGCCAAAAAGUGUUACAGAAUUGUCUGCAGAGAAAUCUUCACCAAAGUCUGGAGGAUCAUCCAAAACCUCAGCUGUUGCUGCCAGCAAGAAAUCAGGACCUAAAGGAAAAGAUGCAGCGAAUUGUAAACAUUCAGACUGUAAAGCUGAGCUUGGUCCAAUUGAUAAAGAUGCUGUAGAGCUAGCGCCGGCAGCUCACAGUUUGGAGUCAACAAGCCAGGGUGGAGAGGACUUACUCAACCUUCAGCUUGACUCAAACCCCACACGGAGUCUUCAGAAGACUGAAAUACAGGAAUCAGAAAACACCAACAGAGGAGGAGAUGUGGCGAGUGUUACACCAGCAGCAAACUCCCCCCAUGUUAAAUUUGCUAUUACAGAUGCGUGCAAACAGACUGAAGGAAGUAAAGCGAAACAGUCCCCAAGCAGCGUCAUCCCAGCCCACAUCAGCGGAGGGCAAGUUCGUGAGGUAAGCUCCCCAAAUUCCCAGAGAGACACUGAUGUCCCCGUAGACACCCCCUGCAGCGUGGGAAGCACUCACACCCCCUUGGAGGACUCAUGGAGCAGCAUCCACCCUCAGGUCAGCCCAGGGUCUGAGACAUGCAGCACACACACCACUUCCUCUGAUGACAUCAAGCCCCGUUCAGAGGACUACGACGCAGGAGGCUCGCAAGACGAUGACUGCUCCAACGACCGAGGGGUGUCCAAGUGUGGCACCAUGCGCUGUCAUGACUUCUUGGGUCGCAGUAGUAGUGACACGAGUACUCCAGAGGAGUUAAAGAUGUGUGAAGGCGGGGCGGGGUUGAGAGUGGAGGUGCGGGUACGUGGGAGAGAGGCGGAGACUACCAGCGAGGAGGAGGGAGUGAGACAACGCCCUCGCUCCUGGUUGCACAGAGACGAGGUUCACGUAGAGGAGGAGCACUCAGAGGUCGAGAACACUGUGACUGUAAAAACUGUCCCCGACCACCAGCUCUUCUCUUCUGAGGAGGAGGAGGAGGAGGAAGAGGAAGAUGAGACAGAAGAUGAGAGGUCAGAGGUUGAGGUGAUUCCAGGUCCGGCUCCUCUGCCAACUGAGCCUUCGCCACAUUUUCAGGGGAUCGUCAACCUGGCUUUCGAUGAUGAUGGUGCGGACCAAGAGAAGGACCAGCCUGAUUACCAGUCCACUUCCAACUUCCGUCGGUCAGUGUUACUCUCUGUUGAUGAGUGCGAGGAAUUGGGCUCAGAAGAGGGCGGCGUCCAGACGCCACCUCAACAGCCCGACGAUGCUGUGACUCCCUGUGAUGUUUUUGAGUCUGACUCCACAGCGCCUCAGUCCAAUUGUGCCCCUCCCAGUGACCAACAUAACCACCUGCCGUGCCAUCUUGAAAAUGCGGAAUUGAAGGACAAGAACCUCGAAGGAGAGUCAGCUGUGUUCCUUACAGAGAUUCAGGAGCCUGUGCAGGAGGAGAGUAAUCACAUCCAGGUGGAUGAAGUGACGUCCAGCGGCCCGACCGUGGACACCGACACUAGAGACCUCCCUCCCCAGGAGCGCCCUUGCCACCUGGAUCUGCGGCACACUGAACAAUACAACGGAGGGCCGUGCAAAAAUCAUACCAAUCCCUCAGAAAGCAGGAAAGCAGAUUUACACCUAGACUUAAAUGACCCUCAGCUGAUAGGGGACUCUCCUGUCAAUGCUGCACAAUCUUCACCAGGUAAUGUAUGACCUAUGGAUCUUUACUAGACCCCCCCAAAUCCAAACCCAUCAGAAGGUUUAGUUUAUCCCUGCAAGAUUCAUUCUCCUCUGCUCCGAUUCCUAGACCUUCCCCACACCCAACACACACCAUCCCUCCUUCAAAAGGAUAUUAUUGACCAUACUAGUUUAGAAACUAGUUCAAGUUCAAAUGAAAUCAGUGGGCAUCAUAUUUUCACAGCUAUAAGCGUGCUCUCAUCUCAACCCAUGGAUUGUGUAGCUGUUGCUAAUUUGAACUUGUAACAUCAGUAUCCUUUUAAAGACGGAAAUUGACCUCCUCAAAACAUUUAACUUAAAGUGAACAUUUGAAACAACUGCACUACCUUUAGUCGGAGGCUUUCAGGCCUAGGUAAUUCAGUUUAUAUUUACAAAAAGGGGAAAGCAGUGUACAUUUCACUAAGUCUGAUGAUAGAGUUGUAUUUGUCUAAAAUAAUCUGCCUUGUGACAAGGCAUGUGACAUAGUUACACCAAUGCACUUUCAUGUACAAAAGAAAUAAGAGUUUUUGAUUAUUUUUGUCAUUUGUUUUAUGCAGUGGAACAGUUGGGCCUUUGUAAGCCACAGAGAAUUUGACAUAGUUGAAGGAUCUAUAUAUAACAUUAUACAGUCUACAUAUUAUUGAAUUGUUCAUGUAAUCCCAUUACAAUAACAUGAUCUUUUUGCAAGCCACUGAAUGUAGUAUUGAUUUUGACUGAAGCUUGUGUUUAUCAAAAUGCAGAAAACCUUUCCCAGAAAUCCCAGCGCUUCCUAUCUGAGGGGAUUCUGUUACAGCAUGUCUCUUCUUUUUUUUGCCCCAUAAGCUUUAUCUUUUUCUUUUGCUUUAUUUUAAAGAAUACAUUUGCUUGAGUUUGAUUUUUAUUCACUGCGUUUUGAGAAACACAAACUUCUUUUGUGCCAUAAAGUACAAAAAUAUCUUGACUUUGUGGUUCACAGUGUUAAAUGCAGCGUAGCAUCACUGGAUGCCGCUUGGCUUGCAAGUCAUGGUGUCUUUGUUUACAGGAUUUACCAUCUCAAAGUUAAAACCUUUAAAGAUAUUCUUUAUGUCAAAAUGCUAUAUGUAGCACCUUUAAAAUCGUGGUACGGUAAAUUGCAACCAGGUAACGAUUUAAUCAAAUUUCUGGAACGUGAUACAAAGGCUGAACACAAAAUCUUCAUAUGAGAUACACAACAGUAAACUGCCCCUCCUUCUCAGAAGUGUGUUAUACUAAGGAACUUUUCCCUUGCAUCUCCUUGCUGUUUUUCUUUUUCUAUUGGAGAAUGUACCUCUUCCUGGGUUCCUGGUUAUUUUAAUUUUUGCACUAUACACAUGCAUGUACUAUUAAAAUUAUUUUGCCAUCCUAA